UUGCUCCCCGCGCCCUGCCAUGUCGGGAGAUCUUGCUGUGCAGUGCAGCAAGUUGAUCGAAUGGUUGCUUGCGCGACGAGUGAUACCGGAGGACUACACGAAACUCCUCGCAGCCGUUCAGGUUCGAGUCGCCGAAGCCCAGAAGGAACAGAUCACCGAUGAGGCCUCGCGGAAGUUGAUUUUGCAGCACGAGGAGGUGCAUUUUCUGGCGGCGAAGAAGAUCUACGAGGCAAUUCAACGAUCCCCAGAAGGGCAAGCGAAGAGCCUCUUAGGUAGCCAUACACACCCGGGAGCUGCAAAAUGGAAAGCAGUGAUGGAUGCGUACCGCAAACGUCACCUGGGCUGGGCCAGCGCGGCCCGAUUCUUGAUUCAGAAUGUCAGCUACGAGCUCACAGCGCUGACCAAACAAGCUUCGGCCUGCGAGAGACAGGUGCAUGACUGUGUUGCCAGACAAGUGGAGUUGGAUCGGCAGGAGGCCAAUGCCAAAGCAAGGUAUCGCGAACUGCUGAAUGAUUUGGGCAUUGAGGGCUUCGACGUGCGCUCGGAGCUGCGGCUGCGUGCCAAGCAGGACCUUUGCCUGCUGUCCGAGCAGGUGAUCGACUUGCUGAGACGGGCCGGGCAGGACACGGCGAGCAAGUACCAAGUCUUUGCCGAGCAUGCUGCUGAGAGGCCGCUCCCCGAGGUGCUUCCCUUGUUCCGGGCCUUGAGUACUGCAGAGCUACCGAGCAUGGAGGCAUUGGAAGAGCAAGUUCCAGGCUUCCGUGAGCUUCGACUCCAGAAAGGCCAGAGCCUGGAUGCGGAUGCUAACGUCCAUGAGGUGCCGGCUGCGAAGGGUCUCGAAGUGGAGGCUGCAGGGACAGAUGGAAUUGAUUGGGGAAUCACCUGUGAGGGCGGCGGUGAAAGUGGCGGAAGUGGUGGCAUCAAUUGGGACUUUGAGGUGGAAAAGGAGGUCGCAACUAUCGAGCCGGAAGGCGUCUCUGCUGGGAUUGAUUGGGGCGCCGUGUCCUUCGAGGGCUGUGAGAUUGCUGAGGUUCAAGGAGAUGCUGCGGCAGAUGAAGCCAUCCUCGCAGAUGCUGCGGCGAGGGACUUGCUUGCGCGCGAAGUCGCCGAGGCUUUGGCCUUCCUGGUGGAGCGUUGUGGCGAUUUGGCCUUGGGGGGCGCCGCCUGUGAGGAGUAUGGCCCAAAGGUGCAACAGUCUUUAGCGGAGGUUGAGGCCCUCCGCGACCUGAUGUCCCAGCUGGAGGGGCUGCUCUCGGCACGUCGCACGCAGCGGCUGGUACUGUUGGUGUCCUCGAAGCGCUAUCUUGAGCGCACGGCCCAGCGUGUGGAGAUCAGCAAGAUGCAGUGUGGCAAGCCUGCCUCCCGCCGAGCUGCGUUGGAGAAGGUGAAGGCAGAUCAAAUGGCAGAAGCUGGCCGCAGCCGGACGGAAACCCAGCAGUUGCUCACAGCCAUCAAAGAGGUGAAAGAAGACCUGGAGGCCGAGUUGACUGCACACUUCAAGUCCAGCGUGCGAAUCUUGAACACUUCGACCUGAUGGGCAAAAAAAAGGCACCGAGACUCGGCCAAAAUAUGGCCCAAGUGCGACCUGAAGUUCUGC